CGCUUUGUGUGCAGCAGUGAGCCGGGGUCUGCGGGGCGCGGGCCGCGGCGGGCGGCGGCAUGGAGGAGCUGAGCAGCGUGGGCGAGCAGGUCUUCGCCGCCGAGUGCAUCCUGAGCAAGAGGCUCCGCAAGGGCAAGCUGGAGUACCUGGUCAAGUGGCGCGGCUGGUCCUCCAAACACAACAGCUGGGAGCCAGAGGAGAACAUCUUGGACCCGAGGCUGCUCCUGGCCUUCCAGAAGAAGGAACAUGAGAAGGAGGUACAGAACCGGAAGAGAGGCAAGAGGCCCAGGGGCAGGCCGAGGAAGCACACAGUCGUGUCCUCCUGUAGCAGGCGCUCCAAACUCAAGGAACCAGAUGCACCCUCCAAGUCCAAAGCCAGCAGUUCAUCCUCUUCCUCCACAUCUUCCUCCUCUUCCUCGGACGAAGAAGAAGAUGACAGCGACCUAGACUCCAAGAGGGGCUCCCGGGGCCGUGAAACCCACCCAGUGCCUCAGAAAAAAGCCCAGAUCCUGGUAGCCAAGCCAGAGCCUAAGGACCCCAUUCGAAAGAAACGGGGACGCAAGCCUCUACCCCCAGAACAGAAGGCAGCUCGGAGACCUGUAAGCCUGACCAAGGUGCUAAAGACCACCCGGAGGGAUCUGGGGACCUCAGCCACCAAGCUGCCCCCUCCACUCAGUGCUCCUGUGGCAGGCCUGGCUGCUCUGAAAGCCCACACCAAAGAGGCCUGUGGUGGCCCCAGUGCUAUGACAACCCCAGAGAACCUGGCCAGUCUGGUGAAAGGCAUGGCCGGGAGCCCCAACCGAAGCGGCAUCUGGCAGAGCUCCAUCGUACACUACAUGAACCGCAUGAGCCAGAGCCAGGCUCAGGCUGCCAACCGCCUGGCACUCAAGGCCCAGGCUACCAACAAGUGCAGUCUCGGGCUAGACCUAAAAGUGAGGACGCAGAAAGGGGAACUAGGGGCGAGCCCCACAGGAAGCAAGGCCCCGAAGGCCCCUGGCAGUGGAGCUGCAGAGCAGCAGAGAGGGAGUAAUUCAGGAAGCCCAGGUUCCCAGCUGGCGCCCACUCAGGAGUUGAGCCUUCAGGUCCUUGACUUACAGAGCGUCAAGAAUGGAGCUCCUGGUACGGGCCUAGCCCGCCAUGCCACGGCCAAGGCUGUUCCUGCUACCAACCCAGCCACAGGGAAAGGUCCUGGUAGCGGCCCCACGGGCGUGAACACAACCAGCACUCCCACAGACACCAACAAAGGGGAAAAACUGGCUUGCAAGACAACAGCUCUGCCUGCCUCUUCUGUCAAGAGGGACACCAGUAAAAGCGUUGCUGCCUCCGGUGGGCAGGAGGGUCAUGCAGGCCCCGGAGAAGGCCGGAAACCACCUGCGCUGUCUGAGCUGAGCACAGGAGAGGAGAACAGUAGCUCUGACUCGGAACCUGACUCGGCCUCGCUUCCCAGCGCUGGGCAGAACCUGUCCGUAGCUAUCCAGACCAGCCAGGACUGGAAACCUACCCGCAGUCUCCUCGAGCACGUCUUUGUCACAGAUGUCACAGCCAACCUCAUCACUGUCACUGUGAAGGAGUCUCCCACCAGCGUGGGCUUCUUCAACUUGAGGCAUUAUUGAGACUGUUGUCCAAGUCAGACCUGCCUUCUAGUCUCUGGUUUUGCUUUGAUGCCUGACCUGGAAGCCAGCUCUGCCCCGUCCUGAGACUUGGGGCUGGGAAAUGGCUUCCUGCUGAUUCUACCUCUCUCUGGGCCUCCACUUUAGUCUGUCCUGUCACCUCAGGAAAGCCAGGUGGCCACUGACUUAAAAGCUGCCUGCUUGGACAAAACAUCCUUUCUACGAGUCCCUCCUUGACCUAGGAGACACUCCCCUCCCUGCCCAACUACUGUGAGGUGGAUCAAGGGAGGGGCCACUGAUACAGCUCCCUCUCUGGGCCAGUGAGGAGAGGAGAGAGGUGGGGCGGGUAGGACCUUGUCCCAAGUUCAGCCGUGGCAGGGGCUUUCUGGUGAGGGAGACACUAUGUUUUGCAAGUAAGGCUAUAGCUCCCUUUUUAAAAGGGUAAUUAGUUGUGAGGUUGCUUCAGUCUCGGUCCCUGGUGUGGCGUCCUCUCUAGCUGCGAUUGUAGCCCCAAAGCCCAGCCAGGGUUUGGAGUCCCGGCACUAGGUGCUACUGGACUUGGGAACAGAGAGUCACGUCCUUAUUGCCUCCUUCCUGCAAUCAGGCCUGAGCCCCAGGGAGAAGUGACCCUGUUCCCCUCUGGAUCCAGACUCAAGCUUUGGCCCACUAAAUUAUACCCUAGUUCUGAGGUCUGACACUCCUGGACUUGGGGGAGGCACAGGCUAGAAACCCAGAGCAGGCUGAAGUAGGGGCUUAGAGUCCUGGGCAAGCCAUUUUCCCCACAAGUUGAAGUUCUGUGACUAGGGCCCCCAUAAGUCACCAUGGUGGUAGCUUCAGUGUGGGAAUGCAGGUGUUUUUGUGCGGGCCUGUCACCCUGCUGCCUGUCUAGAGAUCUCUAGACUACUGUGUAAGCAUUGUCUGUAGUCAGUCCUUGUGCAGAGCCCUGCCUGGUGAGUGGGCCGCUAUUGGGUCCCAUGUUCCCUGACAAUCCUCUCCCGCGUUUGGGAGCUUGUGUUUCCUUCCUCUCUGAGAAGCAAUAUCCCUGUGCCAUUUGUGCAGGUGGGGUAGUUGGGCCACCCACCUGGCAGGGGGCCCUAAUUCCUUCCCCAUCUUUAGGAGAUAAGUCUAGUUCUGAGCCCCUUUCCAGAUGCCUUCUCCCCUGUCCCCCAUCCCGGGUAACUGUCUUAAAAACUACCUUGUCAGAUUGCUGGCCAACGUCAGGAUUUUCUGUCCUGGGCUAUCACCGUGGGCCGUGAUGAUCUGGUCAGUGAGUCUGUGAUGCCAAAAAGUUGGGGUGGUAUGAAGCCCUUGUUUCUAUUUCUGCCACUGACUGAUCAGCCAGCAGGUGUGUGGGCUCUUUACUCCGGUGGCCUUGACGGGAAGUGUUUCCCCUUCUAAAACCAGCCAGACAGUGGGCUGAGGUGUUGGGACGUGUCAUGCUUUCCAGUGUACCCCAGCCACCCCAGUAGCUCACUCUGCACACCAAAUAAGAUGGUCUUUGUGUAACCAACCCGACCUCGAUGCUGUGCCUUUUGGGGGCAGACCCAUAUCUGUGGUUCCUGAGAGAGGCCUGUGAUGUGCCGGGGGCCGUGUUUCCUGG